AUGACGCCACGUGGCAAUUCAGGGCAGCAAUUGGUGGGAGGAAGCAGGGGGGAAAUCAAGGAGGAGUGGGGUCAAGAAGACAGAGAAGCAGGGCGUGUGAGGGAGGAUGGGGGCAUGGGGCAAAGGCGAGGAGUGGCUGGGGCCAAUGGGAUGGAGGAUGGGGAAGAGAGAGGGGACAGUGGGGUUGAUAAAGGGCAGGAGAAGGGCAAAGAGCAGGGAGGGAGAGAGGGGCAGGGAGAGGGGCCUAUACAUGGGGAGGGAGGAGGAGAUGGAGGGAAGGAUAGGGCAGCACUGGAGCAGGGAAAGGGGGAAAGUGACGGGGUGAUGGGGACGUUGGAAGCACAGAUGACGGCGUUGCAGCGGCAGCAGGCAGAGGUGCAAGCGUGGGAGGAGGAGGUGAUAAAGAGAAUAGCGGCAGUUGAGAAGCGGGAGUGGGAUGUUGCGAGGAAGGAGAAAGAGAUUGAUGCAAAGUGGAAGGAGAUGAAGGAGCGGAAGGAGGAGGAGGGGGUGAAGGAGUGGGAAAAGGAGGGGGAAGAGGAGGGGGAAGAGGAGGGGGAUGGAGUGGGAGAGUUAGUGAGAGUGAGUUCGAGAGGAGAGGAAAUGGCUGGUUUAGGGGGAGCUAGUAACGCAAAGGGCACGGAAGUGAUUAUAAAGGAUGUGACAGCAGACAAAUUGCAGACAAACAGCAGUGCUACUGUUGAAAUUAUGAAGGGCGUGACUUUAGUGAAAGCGGGGAAAGGAAGGUCAGGAGCAGGAGCAGCAGCAAGAGCAGGAGGAGGGGGGGGAGGGAUAGGGUCUGGUGGAGGUGGUGGUGGCAGGGGCAUGCGGCAUGACGUGAUGGAGGCACUUCAGAUGCUGAAGCUGGGUGUGAGAUCGUUGCAAGAGAACAUUGAGACGGUGCUGCACACUGAAAGCAGCCUCCACCCUCACGCCUUCAACGCGAGUGCAGCAUUCCUGCACCUCCCUCCCGGCUCCAUUGAAACUGCCACACCAGCAGCAGGAGCAGCAUCAUCAUCACCACCACCACCACUAACACCAGCAGCAGCAGCAGCAGCAGCAGCAGCAGCAGCAGCAGCAGAUGAGCCAGCAGGAUCACAGGCAGCAGCUGCAGCCCCCAAGGCUUCAGAAUUUCCGAAGCAGUAUGUGCGGGAAGCAGUGGCAGGGCCGCUGGUGAUAGCGGGCAUGGUGUAUAACCGCGUGUUUGAUGGGGACUACACUCGCUUCUGGGCGCUGCAUGUGUGGCAGGUGAGUGUGGCACAUGAGUAUGGCACGUGGGGGGUGUGGCACGUGGGGGGUAUGGCACGUGGGGGGUGUGGCACAUGGUGGUUGGAGUACCAUCGAUACGCAGGAGUGACUCGGUUCUACUGGUACGAUGAGGCAAGGAGCACAGAAGAGGACCAGGACGUGGUGCUCGCCCCGUACAUUGAUGCCGGCCUGGUGGUAUGCCACCGCGUUCACACAUGUUGUCUUGUCCACCUCCUUCCCAUACCCUCCUCUACCCCCGCACCACCACCACCACCACCACCAUCACAGGACGUGGUGCUCGCCCCGUACAUUGAUGCCGGCCUGGUGGUAUACCACCGCGUGCGCGAGAUGCCAUUCGUGGGCGGAAAUUUCACGGAUUACCUGGAGAGAAUGUUCCGGUGCAAGCAGGGUGCUGCUUACAACCACUGGGUGCAGCACUAUGCAUCGGAGGUGCACUGGGGUUUUCACACCGAUAUCGACGAGUAUUUCUUUUCCCCGGCCGGCACGCCGCCCGGCUUUCUUCGUCACUACCUGCAGACACUGCCAAAAACAACAAUACAGAACGUCUUUUUCCUUGGGGAUCCGAUCGGUCCCGACACGGAUACCCUACUAGAGCGCUACACCCUCCGCAUGCCCAACUCCUCCCAGCGGCACCGCACUAAACCCAUUGCAUGGCUGCCCCUCGCCGUUCACCUUAUGGACGACUGUAUCAACCCCCACGAGUGGGCUGUCAUGGAGAAUGGCCCGCCGAAAUUGGUUGAUAUGGAAAAGAUGAGGCUGAAUCACUACUGGGGGGACCGCGCUGGGGUGAUUUCGGACACUACCCCGGUUUACACGAUGGAUGUUACGAUGAUGGAUGAGUAUGGGGAUGGGCUCGUCAAGGAUGAUUCGGCCAAGGUGAGGGAUGAGCUGGCACAGGGGAGGGAUGAGCUGGCACAGGGGAGGGAUGAGCUGGCACAGGUGAGGGAUGAGCUGGCACAGGGGAGGGAUGAGCUAGAAAAGGGGUGUGUUCUCAUGCUGAUGCAAUCCACGCCUUCUUACCCAGCCAUGGGAGUGUGGCUGCGGCAGCGCAUGCAGGUGGCAUGGGCGGUCAUUUCAGCCCAGGCGGUUCACAAGGAGAGGAAGCGGCUCAGGAAACGUGUGGCUGAGGUGAAGACACGUGUCAGGCAGCUAGUGGCUCUCGUGCCCUGGUUGUUGAAGGGGAGAGGAGGCGAGGGAGUGAGGAGAGGACGAGGAGGAGAGGGAGGUGGAAGAGGAGGGGGGAUGAAGGGAGGAGAGGAAGGAGAGGGAGGGAAGGAGAGGGAGGAAGCAAGAAAGAUGGAGGGUGGGGUGAGCAUGGAGGUGGGUGGGUUGACAGAGGAUGAGGCGUUGGGAGAGGGUGGUGGUGAUGAUGAUGGUGGUGGUGGUGGUGACAUGAUGCUGGGAGGGAAUCUAAUGCUGGGCGGCUAA